GAGCCUGAGCCGAGCCGAGCCGAACCCGAGCCCGAGCCGAAGCCGAGCCCGAGCCGAACCCGAAGCCGAGCCCGAGCCGAAGCCGAACCCAGCUGAGCCCGAGCCGAGCCGAGCCGUGCUAAACCCAACCCAGCCGUGCCAAACCCGACCCAACCGUGCUAAACCCAACCUAAUCCAACCCAGCCGUGCUAAACCCAACCCAAUCCAGCCCAGCCGAGCCGUGCCGUGCCAAAUCCAAGCCAGCCCAGCCGUGCCGAGCCGUGCCAAAGCAGCGCUCGCAGCCUCCGCGCAUGGCUCCCCGCGGGUAGCCGCUCUCCGGACGGGGUGGAUGCUUGAGAGUGGAGGAUAAGGUGCAAGCGUCUGGGACCGGUGGAAUGGAGGCCUGAUGUAGAUGGAAAGAUGGAUGAAGAAGAAGCUCUGAAUUCUAUUAUGAAGGAUUUGGCAGCGUUGGGCAAAUGUGGGGGGCUGCUGGACAACAACAGGAAUAAAAACAGCGUCCACUCCAGCAAACAGCAGCGAAAUGUCAGGAUCAAGUUUGAAUAUGAAGGAGAGAAAAGGAUCAUCCAGUUUCCAAGACCAGUCAAAUUCAAAGAAGUGGUGCAGAAAGUCACGGAUGCUUUCGGACAGACGAUGGACUUGGUCUGUGUGAACAAUGAGCUCCUGAUCCCGCUGAAAUCCCAGGAAGACUUGGACAAAGCGCUGGAGCAGUUGGAGCUGAGCCCUUCCCUGAAGAGCCUGCGGAUCCUCGUCAGCGCUCCAAAGAAAGCCAAUCUCCUCCAGCCGAACAACAGCAAGCAGCACGAGAUGAGGAUCUCCAGAUCCAUGGGGGACAUCAUGGGAUCCCUGUACAAGGACUCUGAGAGGACGCGGAAAUACUCAACAGGUUCUCUGCACACUGGCCGGAGCUCCCCACCCCCGGGCAGCGUUCCCGAAGAGCAGCAGCAGAUCGCUCGCCAGGGAUCCUACACCAGCAUCAACAGCGAGGGCGAGUUCAUCCCCGAAACCAUGGAUCAGAACAUGCUCGAAGCUUUCAUCAGCCCCGAUGGGUCGCUGUCUGGGAGCUGCCAGUCCCUGGACAGGUCCGUGGACAGCCCUCCCUUUACCCAAACCCCUGUUCCUGGAAGGAAGAGCCAUCCCAAAGACGGUCUUGACUGCAUGGAAUUUGACAUCCCGUUCUGCGAAAGGUUUGGGAAAGGGGGCACCUUCCCCAGGCAGUACCACCUCUCCCAGAGUCGCAAGGACUACAGCGACGGCAGGAGGACUUUCCCCAGAAGUUAUUUCCCCCAAGAAAACCUCUUCCAGCUGGUCCCCUCCAGCCGAACCAAGAGCUUUAACGGGGACAGCAAGCUCAGCACCCUGCAGUACGAUGAGUACAGGCCCAAAUGGUGGAACAAUUGUGAAAAAGGGCUGCAGGUCUUCAGUACCUCCCCUACAAAAGCUAGGAACUCCCUGCAGGCACCUGUGAACUGGAGGCUGGGGAAGCUGCUUGGAAGAGGAGCUUUUGGGGAAGUUUACCUCUGCUAUGAUGCUGACACGGGCCGAGAGCUGUCGGUGAAGCAGGUGCCAUUUGACCCUGACAGUCAAGAGACAAGUAAGGAGGUGAACGCUUUGGAGUGUGAGAUCCAGCUGCUGAAGACUCUCCGCCACGACAGGAUAGUGCAGUACUAUGGGUGUUUGCGGGAUCCCGAGGAGAGGAAGCUGUCAAUCUUUGUUGAAUACAUGCCAGGGGGUUCGAUAAAGGACCAGCUCAAAGCGUACGGUGCUCUGACGGAGAACGUCACUCGGAAGUACACCAGGCAGAUCUUGCAGGGAGUCUUCUACUUGCACAGCAAUAUGAUUGUCCACAGGGACAUUAAAGGUGCCAAUAUUUUGCGAGAUUCUGCUGGAAAUGUGAAACUUGGAGAUUUUGGGGCCAGCAAACGUAUCCAGACCAUCUGCAUGUCUGGGACCGGGAUUAAAUCCGUCACGGGAACGCCGUACUGGAUGAGCCCGGAGGUCAUCAGCGGAGAAGGCUACGGAAGGAAAGCUGAUGUGUGGAGCGUGGCCUGCACCGUGGUGGAGAUGCUGACGGAGAAGCCGCCCUGGGCCGAGUUCGAAGCCAUGGCGGCGAUUUUUAAGAUUGCCACACAGCCCACCAACCCCCAGCUCCCCGACGGCGUCUCCAGCUCCUGCCGCAACUUCCUCAAGCAGAUCUUCGUGGAGGAGAAGCGGAGGCCGACGGCCGAGGACCUGCUGAGGCAUCCCUUCGUCAACUGCGGCCUCUGAGCCCCGGGCGGCGGCUUGGGGAAACGCUGAUGGGACAGGGGGCGGCCGCCAGACCCGCGGCCCCUUUUUAUUUUGGCACCCUGCCCUUCACACCUCCAGCCCCGGGCUCGUCCUUGCUUGGUGGCUCCCCGCUUGGGUCCUUUCUCGCUCGGUGGCUGCCGCCUUGUGGGAUUUUUGGAAGGCACGCUAGGGACCUGGAGGCCACCGCUGGGGAAUUGGGGCCGAGGGCUUCCCCGGAGCACCCUCCUCAUCCUCGGGACCAGCGGAGGAAUGGGAUGCUGAGCACCCAGCGCCGCUCCCCGCAGAGGAACAGAGCUUCAGCCCAGCUGGAGAUGAUCCUCAGGGCGUGGAGCAGGAGGGACCCGGUGUCCACCAGGGGACAGGAACCUUUCGGAGGUGGUGACACCGGGUGGCCUCGCCAGGGAGGUGGCGUUGGCUCCUGUCCUGUGCCUUAAGCGGUUACAAUCGCGGUGCCUGGCAGGGAGCCGGGCGCGUUUCUGCAGUUUCUUGCCUUCGUGUGCGUGCGUGUACGUGUGCGUGUGGAGCUGCGGGGGCACGGCCGGGCCUCCGCAUCCUCUGAUUUUGCCUCAAAUCGGGCAGGGAGCACCCGCGGGGCUGCGCCAGCAUGAAGCCGCAGCCUGGGGCCGCAGAGCUGCGCGGAUGGCGUGCAGCCGGGCUCCCUUCUGCAGUAUUUCGGGAGGUGGAGGUUAAAUUGGGAAAGCUUAAAGCAGAGCUGGGCUACGGCCCCCAACCAACACUACUACCCCGUGGGGAGCAAGCAGAGAGGCCAUGGGAGGCGAUGAAUUUACCAGAUCUGGCUCAUUUUGCCCAAAUUAAUUGCAUUGCCCCAUCUCCUGCUUCCUCACUGCGUUAGCUGUUUCCACCCGGCUCAGCAGAGGUUAAACGAGCAGUUCCCAGGGUGGUGUCAGCUUCAGGCCAGCAUGUCAAACCCAGGUUUAUUUUAUUUUAAUGUUGUUUUUUCAUUGAAAAUGAGAUGUGUAGCUCAGAGCAAAGGGAAAUGGAGAACGGGGCUGGUCGUGUGACUUUGCACAUCCUUAAGUCCUGGGCGGGAGAGAUCGAGUCGUCCUGCGUUGGCACUGGGAGCAUUUCCUCGUCUGCAGCUCCAGAGAGAGAGGCAAAAACCACAAUUAUUUCAGUUAAAGAAAAGGCUGGGGCUGUUUGGGCAAAUUAAAUAGCCAGAAGGGUUCCCUGUAAGUGUGUCCAGGAGCUGCAGAGGUUGGUGGUGCCUACCCGAGCUUUGUGCCUGGCCACCAGGGCGCUGGAUGCCGGCUCUCUGGGCUGUCCCCUCCUUCCUCUAGGGGAAAGAAAGAAUUUUAUUCUGUGAAUAGGACCAAAUCCAUCACUCUGGUUAGCUCCAGAGGAUGGAUUUAAAAAAAAAAACACACAAGAAAAAACGUGUUGGCAAAUAAGGGGUUGUCAGAUGAACAAAGAGUGUUUCAGGAAAGCUAAAAAUGUUUUUAAUGCUCUUUUCUCCCCUUUCACCCAACCUGUUCAGCUUUGAUUUUUCGCCCCUUAGGGGUGGAUGGGAGCUGAAUAUUUUCUCCAAAGCCUCGAGAACAAAAGCGCGGGCUCGGCCGCGCUGCCCCGAGCGCUGGGGGAGGCUGAGGGGGACCCUCCCAAAAACGCUCCCUGGGGCCUCGUCAGCCCCACAAAGCACCCCAAAAAGCCUCCCUGGGACAGCCGGGCCCCCUGGCUCAUGUGUGAUGGGGUUUGUGUGUGUGUGUGUGUCCGUGGAGGUGUGUGUAGGGCUGUGUGUGCAAGGCUGUGUGUGAGUGCCCGCGUGUGAGUGCGACUCGCUCCUCAGGUGCCUUUGCCUUUGUGUUUUUUUAAAACAAAAAAACCCUCGCAGUGUUCUGAUGUACAAAAUGAAAACUAGAAGAGAAUGUAAUAUUAUGCCAUGUAAAUUUCCUUUUUGUUUUUUUUUUGUUUAUUUUUAUAUAUGUAUAUUUUAUUUUGUCCGGCGCACCCGGGGCAGCGGGGGGGGGGCCCUCCUGGGGCCGUGUCCCCGCUCUCCGUGCGGUGUUGCCGCGUGUAUCCCAGAGAAACGUUUUCCUCCCGUUGGAAAAAG